AGGGAGAGCAGCCGCCCCGUCGACUUCCUGCGGUGGGACAGGGGCAACCGCAUCAUCGUGCCCAGCGUGACGAGGACCAGCGAGGACGUGGAUCUGCUGGCCAAGUACAAGCCCCCGGCUCUCGCCCUGGACUACAAGCGCCAGGGCGCCGCGGCCGUCCCCAUCACCCGCCUCAACUACCGGGAGAGGAUGCACAGCUUCCUCUUCUGCGAGGAGGAGGCCGAGCAGGCGCUGGUGGCCAAACUCAACCUGCGGGUCCCAAUCUCGCUGACCCCCGUGCUGCAGAGCCUCUCCAUGGGGAUGAAGUUUGCCCUCAAUGGUGAGCUGUUUGCUGAAGUGCCUACCCCUUAUAACCUCUCACCGGACACGGACGAGGGCUAUCUGCUGAGCAGGUCUGUGCCCACUGCUUUCCUGGCACCUGACCCACCUUUAGAUGAGAGGGUUUAUGAGGUUGGUGUGGAGCAUAAAGCCACCACCGAGAAGACCAUCUGGCUACAGAUACCAAAGAGAUGCUGCUCAGACCUGAACUUCAAGCCAAACACCUCCCACAAGGUGGAGAUCCAGUUCCAAAUCGACCAGCUGCUGUUCCGGCACUGGCACCAGGCUGUGGACCGUCUGAUGGAUGAGAAGCUGGUCCUACCAGAUGUUGCCAAUUGCUCCAUCCCCUACUCUCUUGCAUCCCCACAGAUAGGGAAUAGCAAGCAGAAACUAGCCAUCUCCUUCAUCACGGGCCAGACGACCAGCACCCGGCAGGUCCCACCUCUUCUCAUCUACGGGCCUUUUGGCACAGGGAAGACGUUCACCUUGGCCAUGGCCACCAUGGAGAUCCUCAGGCAGCGCAACACACGGGUGCUGAUCUGCACGCACACUAACAGUGCUGCUGACAUCUACAUCCGGGAGCACUUCCACACCUACGUGACCCACGGCCGUCCGUGGGCCGUCCCCUUGAGGAUCAUAUCCACCGACCGUCCCGUCAGCCUGACGGACCCCAUCACCCAGAUGUACUGCUGCCUCUCGCCCGACCAGCGCUCCUUCCGCCACCCCACGCGGGAGGAGAUCGACAGGCACCACGUCAUUAUCACCACCUCCACCUUAUCCAAGAACUUAAAGGUUGCCCCGGGCUACUUCACCCACAUCAUGAUCGACGAGGCCGCUCAGAUGCUGGAGUGUGAAGCUUUGAUUCCCCUCUCCUACGCCACUUUUGGGACCCGGAUUGUCCUCGCCGGGGACCACAUGCAGAUAACCCCAAAGCUGUUCUGCGUUGGGGGUGGACAAUCUGCUGAUCACACCCUGCUAAAUCGACUCUUCCAGUUUUACCAGAAGGAGAAGCACGAGGUGGCCAUAAAGAGCAGGAUCAUCUUCAAUGAAAAUUAUCGUUCCACUGCAGGAAUCAUUGAGUUUGUCUCCAAGCACUUCUACGUGGGCAAAGGGAACGCCAUCCACGCCAGUGGGAACAUCCCACGGCACCCCGAAAUCUACCCACUCGUGUUCUGCCACGUGUCUGGCGUGGCUGAAAAGGACGUGUCCAUGAUUUCUUGGUACAAUGCCUCCGAGAUCAUACAGGUGGCUGAGAAGGUGAAGGAGAUCUAUGAGAAGUGGCCGGGCGAGUGGGGCGACCGAGAUCUGAAGAGGAUCUGCGUGGUCUCCCACGGGAGGCAGGUUUCUGCCACAAGACAAGAGCUGAGGAAGAAGCAGCUACAAGAUGUGGUGGUAGAAAACUAUGAAAACUUGCCAGGGCGGGAGUUCCGGGUCAUCAUCAUCAGCACGGUCCACACCAGCAAAAGCCUGCACAUCUCAGCCUCCCACCACCUCGAGUUCUUCAACGAAGCCCGAGUGCUCAACACCAUCAUGACCCGGGCUCAGUCCCUGGUGGUGGCCGUGGGGGACGCCGUGGCCUUGUGCUCCCACGGCCAGUGCAGCAAGGUGUGGAAACGCUUCAUCCAGCAGUGCAUCGAGCAGGGCAGCGUCUCCCCCGAGAACCUGACCAUGGCUGACAUCAAACAGGCUGCGAGCGACAAGGAGAGCUGGAGCAGGAGGAGCCCGGAGGAGGAUGAGGAAGACAGUGACACGGAUUCGUCGAGCUCUGAGGGUGAGAGCGUGAAUCCUGACGAUCCCAUCCUCCAGGAGCUCUUGGAUGAGAGCAAGAACACGCUGGUGACGGUGUCCGAAGAAGGGCUGCUGAACGUCAAGUCCGAGGCUUCCAACGUGUGGGAGGACAGGCAGGAAUACGUCAGCUUCAACUCUCAGAUGAUGCAGGAGUACCUGCACAUGCAUCCCAAAAUGUACAAGAGGUGCGAGCUGAUCAAAGAAGGGUUUGACAGAGCUUCUGCCUUCACCCUGAACGACUCCCCCGCCAUGAGCAUCCAGAUCAAAGGCAGAGUGAACUGCGGGACGGCCUUCACGGGGGAUGAGGUGCUGGUGGAGCUCCUGCAGGGCAGCACGGCGGAGGGCGGCAGCCACCGCCCGCAGGGGAGGGUGGUGGGCAUCUUCAGGCGUGCCGAGAGGGAGCGGACCUUCAUCUGCAUGAUGGACGAGUUCGACCCCCGGGUGAUGAUACCCAUCGAUCCCACUGUCACCAAAAUAUUCGUCCCGGGGCUGAAAGAGAAACCCAACGUCGUUCCCAUCCGCAGGCUGGUCAACGGGAAGUACAGGGUGGUCAGCUGUGAGAAGAUCAGGCAGGACACGAGGAGGUGCCAGUUCUUCUGCGUGCAGGUUAUCUCCUGGCGGGAAGGGUUUUACUACCCCUUGGGGAUAGUAACGGAGAUUCUGCACGCAGCAUUGACGCUGGAAGAAGGUUUGAAAAUCCUCAACUUGGAGUAUGGUUUGGAGAAGAAAUACCCGGCUGCUGUCAACGAGGAGUCGGCCAGAUACUCCUCCAGCAGCAAAAUAAACGUCACCAAGGAAAAUCUGAAGGACUGUCGGAGUUACCCGACCUUCACUGUCGACCCUGAAGGGGCCAGGGAUUUGGAUGACGCCAUCACCGUCAGGGACCUUGGGCGUCACUAUGAGAUUGGGGUCCACAUUUCAGACGUGGCUGGUGUCAUUCCCAAAGGCAGCGUCUUGGACCUGGAAGCAAAGAAGCGAGGCGUCACCUACUACGCUCCCAACCAGGAGCCUCUGUGCAUGUUCCCACCCCACAUCAGCCAAGACGUCUGCAGCCUCCUGCCCCAGAAAGAUCGCCAGGUGAUCUCCUUGUUUGUCACCGUCAAAAAGGAGACGGAUGAGAUGCUAAAGGGAGUCUUCACCACCUCCGUGAUCCGCUCGGACAGGCAGCUGUCCUAUGAAGAGGCAGAGCUCUGCAUUAAGGACCACUACAGGGGAGAGGCCAGGGCGCUGUGUUUCGACACCCUGGAGGACUGCAUAGCUGUGGCCUACCACUUCUCCAGGGUCCAUCGGAAGUGUCGGCUGCAGGAGGACUGCUUCUACGAGCGGCUGGACGAGGAAACCUCCCCGGGUAACAGGGGGUCUCAUCAGAUGAUAGAGGAGUUAAUGAUCAUGUUCAACAGUUUUGUGGCCGAGUUCCUCACCAACCAGGAGGACACCAGAAGUGUCACUCCUCUCCGGUGCCAGUGCGAGCCAAGCCCUCAACAGUUAUCAUCCAUGAAAAGCAAGUGCAGCCACUUCCUUCCUUUGUCCAUCCAUCUCUCGCACUACCUGGAAGAGGUGCCUGCUGACCAAGACUCCUCUCAGAUUGUGGAAUUCAGUCUCCUGGCCCCAGUCUGGAAGCACCUGCAGUCAGCCGCCCGCGACCGUGACAUCGACAAGAUGCUAGACCUCGUCGUCACCGACGACAUCCACCCCAAGCUGGCCCCCGUGACCCUGGAGUUCAGGAGGCUGCUCAGCCGCUCCUACUUCUGUCGCUCCAACUCCACCGUCCAGUCGAAAGCGGGCCACUACUCCCUGCACGUGGACUCCUACACCUGGGCCUCCUCGCCCAUCCGCCGCUACGUGGAUGUCGUGCUCCAGCGGCACCUUCACGCCGUGCUCCGCAAGAGGCCCGUCGGCUAUUCCCCCGACGACAUCGAGUUUCUCUGCCACGACUUCAACAGGAAGAACUGCCAGGCGACGAUGUACGAGAAGAGAGCCCGCUGCGUGCAGAUGGCCACCCAGCUGAAGGGCCAAGUCCUGCAGAAGGUCGCCUUUGUCGUGGAUAUCGAAGGGGUCAACAGGCAUUUUAAAGUCCUGUUUCCGCUGAACAAAGAGAGUCUUCCGGACCCCCAGGCGAUCAACUACAGGUCUCUUCAGCUGAUAGAGCAGCCCAUGUUCUUGGAGCAGCAGAAGAGCAUCAGGCUGAUGUGGAAGAGGAGGGUGUACUCUGCAGAGACGCUGAAGCAGCACAGCCUGGAGAUGGGACCGGUCUGCGACCACAGCGUCGCCUUCGUGGGCACCCGGACUUGGCAAGACCUCCUCGAGGCCGUCAGGAACGAGGAUUUCGGGGCCGCUGCCACCCUCCUGCAGAGCAGCGAGAAGCCCUACCAGCGGCGCGUGGGCUGGGUGAGGAAGAGCCACUGCUUGCACUACGUGGAUCUCACCCUGGACCUGAGCGCCGGCGACGCGCUGCUGUUCCAGCUCACCACGGACGUCCAUCGGGGCUUCCUGGUGCCCUUCGUGCAGCUGUGGUGCGUGACGCCGGGCUUUGACAUCUGCCUCCAGCACACGGAGAAGCCCAUCGAGUGCUUCUCUGCCUACGCCAGCCUGCCAUCCAAGGAGAGGUACAAGAGCACGGCGGAGUACGACAAGGUGUGGGCGCCGAUGAGCGCCAUGGAGUCCGCUUUGUGCGCGGUGGCCGAGAACGACUCCAUUGUCCUCCAGGACGUCAGAAUAACCUGGGCGAGGCAAAGGACAAGCAAAGAACAGCUCCAAGGGAGUUUCACCCUGAGCAAAAUAUGUUUGGAGCAGUGCUCCAUUGAAGUGGACUUCAACAACUGCUACCUGUGCAUUCGCUUAGGUGGGCUGAAGGUUCGGAACCUUCAGAGCCACGGCCUCCAGGACCCAGCUUUUCACAAGGGCAGGCCAGAGGGCAAAUUUGUGGUUGACCCAGACACCUACACCUGGGUGGCUCACGGGGUCACCGAAGAGUUUGGCGACAGCGAGAAGUCGGACAGGGCUGAUCAGCAGACUGUGAACUUUUACAUCCACCACAUGUCUAUGGAGAACAUCCCUGCUGAAGUCUCAAAGGACUCAUCCAGGUUCACGGUGGAGCUCAUACCAAAGAUGCUGCCAGACAUACGGAAAGAAAGGGCAAUUUGGAAGCUCAAGGACGCCUCCAUGCUUGCUAAAAGCAUUGCCCUUGGCCAUGAUCCUCCUAAAAAAGUGACAACAUCCAAAAUCCUGAAGCAAAGUUCCUUUGAGCUCCCUGACAGCCACAGGAAGCUGAACCAGAGUCAGAACAGGGCUAUUCUAAAUGCUCUGAGAAAACCUUUCACCAUCAUCCAAGGCCCACCAGGCACAGGGAAAACUGUUGUUGGCACUCACAUUGUCUACUGGUUCUAUGAGCUGAAUGAAGAUGCCAUGAAGAAUGAGCAAACACCACCCUCUGAAGAGGAGAAGCCAAGGUGCAUCUUGUACUGUGGCCCAUCGAACAAGUCUGUUGAUGUUGUUGCUGAGAUGCUGCUGAGGAUUAAGGGCCUGAAGCCCCUGAGGGUUUAUGGGGAGGCCAUUGAGGCAAUGGAAUUUCCAUACCCAGGGAGCAACCGGCACCUCUACCACAGGACCUUGCGGGACACGAAACCGAAGCGUGAGCUCAGCCCAAUAAUCCUGCACCAUCGCAUCCGGCGCCCACCCAACCCUUUCUGCGAGCAGAUCUGCUACUUCGACACUCGGGUGAAGAGAGGAGAGGAGAUAACAGAAGAAGAAACAAAGAAGUAUAAAAGGAUGCUGACAGAUGCCCGUGCGUACGAGCUGGCGCGCCACAAUGUCAUCCUGUGCACGUGCUCUGCUGCAUCUGCCCCCUCCCUGGAGAAGCUCAACGUCAGGCAGGUCAUCAUCGAUGAGUGUGCCAUGGCCACGGAGCCCGAGACCCUCAUCCCCUUGGUCAGCCACAAGCAUGCUGAGAAGGUUGUUUUGCUUGGGGAUCACAAACAGCUGCGGCCUGUGGUCAACAAUGACUUCUGCAAGAGCCUUGGCAUGGAGACGUCUCUCUUUGAGCGCUACCAGAGGCAGGCAUGGAUGCUGGACACGCAGUACCGCAUG